AUUGUUUAGUAGAGACAGGGUGUAUUCAUUACAGCCGUGUGUGCUCUUUGCAGUCUGACAAAUAGUGGUGGGAGAGAACAAAAGGACCAAAGAUACAAAAUAGAAAAAAAUAAAAAGGUAGAAGUACAACAACAAAAAAGACGACAUCGAAGGGAAAGUACUUCUGCUUCUUUUUCACUGUAUUUGAACCAAGGGUGUUUUUUAUCAGUUACUUGUAAUGACUUUGUUCCUUUUAAAAAUCUAUACUCAUCGAUGCUCAGGUUGAAUUUUUCUAACACUUUGGUGUGAUGUGACAUUAUACGUUGUGUGAAAGCUGUUAUUCUCAUUACUCGUUAUUACCUAUUAUUAGAAAUCACGGCAAAAGAUGAACCAUCUGGAGAAGAUUAGUGAGUCAUUCAUCGGGUAAAAAUGUCAAAUAUUCAUUGGUUGAAAUUCAUAAAGGUUCUAAGGACUUAUGUUUUCACGGGCUGAUCAGUGUCGUGAUCAUUUUGGUGUCAGAGUCGCAGCCUUGUGACAAAGUAGUUAAAUAUUAGAUCCACGUAACUUCAGUAUAAUGCAGCUUAAACGCUUCACAUGAGCCAUUUUUCUGAUUUACACACAUUUUAGCUAAGAAGUGAAUGAAUUGUAUACAGGCAGGUGGUUGUCUUCCCAACCAGCAGGGGUCGCUGUGGAGGAGGAGGGGGCUGCCGGACCCCGGGAAGUGUUCUGUUGUCCCGAAGAAGGAGCACCAGCAUGGCGGAUAGAUUUUCCACUUUAUGCUCGUCUCUCCAGUCAAACGUUUUGUCUUGAGGCGUCACCAGAAGUGAUUUAUUAAAACCGUAACAAGCUGUGUGUUCAGGUCCAGGCAGGAGACCCCACCUCAUCCCCCCUGUCUCUCUGUCCGCCCGAGUGGAGGUACCGAGACUUGUAACCCAGUUUGGUUCGGGACAUGAGUGCCAUGAAACAUGGGGACUCUGAACACGAACCAGAGGAUGACGUCUUAAUUGAGUGAAUCCUCCUUGACUCAGGAGAGAGAGCGGAAAGAAGAGGAAGAUAUAUCGUCAAACCAACAAUGGGAGAAGUGAAGGUGGAACUAGAUGAGGAGGAGCAGACGAAACACGACUUCUCGUCGGCGCCACUCCCGGAGCCGCUGCUCUUAAUCCUCUCCCCGCCUCCACCUUUCCUGACGGUCCCCGGUGAGCCGACCAUGCUUUGGCCGAAAUGGCUGAAAGCCUUUGAACACUACAUCAAAGGUCUCGGUGAAAAGGAGCUUGCCGACUCCACAAAGUGUUUGCUCUUACAGAACUGCCUCGGCCCGGAGGGGGAGCGGAUCUUCACAACUCUGAUCCGAGGUGAGAGCACGUACGCGGCAGCCGUCUCCACCCUGACUGUUUACUUCACCUCCGAUAGCAGCGCUCAAGCGCGGCGCCUUAGAUUCCACCAAAGGUCUCAGAUGCCUGGAGAGACGGUGGAUCAGUUCGUCUCCGCUUUAGAAGAGUUGCUGAGGCCUUGCGGCUAUGGAAACUUACAGGACAAACUUAUCCUGGAUCAGCUGAUUGAAAAGACGAACUACCCACAGCUCAGAGAGAGGCUGCUGCAAGCGAGAGAAACUUUAACGUUGGCCUCGGCGUUAGUCGUCGGUAAAGACGUGGAAUCUCAGCUGUUUGAUGUUCACGAGGUCAGCGUGUACAUCGGAGACGACUUGCAACCCUCCGCUAAAAGAAAAGCUAGAAGAGGAAGGCCUCGGCGCGGGGAGGAAAGGAAGCAAACAAAACCCUGUUUGACUAAAACGCUAACACGAGUCAAAGACGACUACUACUACAGCAAAGAUAAGCAGUAUUACAGUGAUAACGAUGAGAAGGAGAUUAAGAGGAAGGAUGAGGCUGAUAAGGUAGGUGAUGACGAUGAUGAUAAUGGAGAAUCAUCAUCGUCAUUUGAGGUCAAAGAUGAAGAUUACGACAACGUCGACAGUGACAACGACGCUGACGAUCGUGACGACGACGAUUACGGCGUCUUGUCUCCGACGGCGCAAAAAGGCCACCGCUGUCCCUUCUGCAACAGCAGGCCCUUCAGAGAUACGCACAAGCUCGCCAGACACAUGAGGAUGCACACGAAGGAGAAACCGUACGCCUGCCCGGUCUGCGCCGUGACCUUCAGCCAGUCCUACCACAUGACCCGGCACCUGAGGAACCAGCACAGCGCCGGCCCGCACAUCUGCAGCACCUGCGGGGAAAGCUUGGCGAGCCCCGCGGAGCUGCUGACGCACAGGAGGACGCACAAGCCUCGGGUUCUGUCGUGCACGGCGUGCGAGGAAACGUUCACCAACAGCGGUGAACUUUCCAGUCACAUCAUGACACACAGCGAAAAGACGGCCACGCAGCAGGGAGGAAGUUUGGAGGACGCCGAUGAAACUGGAUGUAAAAAUGAAGACGUAGCUAAUGGCGAUUCUAAGGGCAAAGCGUCUGAAGACGUGGAUACGACAGAAGAGAAGAACUCGGAUGAAGCUGAAUCUCAAAAUGGAGACGGGAAGAAAAAAACAGCCACCUCCGAAACCAAGAGAAAGGGACAUUACUGUCCCAUCUGCGUCGGGCGACGCUUCAGAGGUGCGAACAAACUCGCCAGACACAUGAGGACACAUACGAAGGAGAAACCCUUCAGCUGCCCGGUCUGCGCCUUGACCUUCAGCCAGUCCUACCACAUGACCCGACACGUGAGGAACCAGCACGGCUUGGGCGAAUACAUCUGCUCUAAAUGCGGGGAGAGUCUCGGCAGCUUGCUGGAACUGAAAGCCCACAGGAAGACCCAUGUAAUCGAAGGCCUCACGUGUUUCGCGUGCAACAAACAGUUCAAGGAGAAGUCGGCCCUGGCGAGUCAUCUCAAAUUGCACAAGAAGGUCGAGUCCAGCCCUCGAAGCCUCGUCUGCGGCGACUGCGGCAAAGUAUUCGGCCGGCUGUAUCAUCUGAAGAGGCACAUAGUGACUCACCGGAAAGAAGCGGAUGCCGAGUGUUACACGUGUCCCGAUUGUCACAAGGUCUUCGCCUUCCCAGAAGACCUCAACAAACACCUGGAGAUCCACGUGAAAGAAAACAGCGGGACUUGUCCUAAAUGUGACGAAACCUUCGGUAGCCCGGAGGAGCUGGAGACGCACAUGGGGGUUCACCAGAAGUCUUACAGCUGCAGCACCUGCGAGAAGAAGUUUAAGGUGGAGUACGCCCUGAAGAAGCACGAGCAAGGUCACCUCAGCGAGCAGUAUUACUGCUCGCUGUGCCGCAAGCGCUUCCUCAAGCUUUCUCACUACAAGAGACACGUGCUGGUCCACAAAAGGCGAGAAUCUAGAUGCCCACACUGCGACGGCGUUUUUCUGCAGCUAACGGCUUUGAAGUAUCACCUGCGGACUCACACCGAGGAGAGACCGUACCAGUGCUCUUGUUGCAUCGAAACCUUCGAAGAGAAGGAAGCUCUAGAGCAGCAUUGCCUCAAACACCGGAAGUUCAAGAAGGAGAAGCCGUACUCGUGCACUCGGUGCGACUUUGCUUUCUCCACGCUGAUCGAGCUAACGGAGCACAUGGGCUCGCACGAGGGGGAGCAGCCCAUGACUUGCCCGGUGUGCGGCAGGACUUUCCUGAACAAGAACAAGCUGGACAAGCACCUGUCGAUCCACACGGGGGAGAGGCCUCACCUCUGCUCCGUCUGCGGCAACGGCUUCCCGUCGGCCGCCAGCCUCAAGCUGCACAUCCACGUUCACACCGGGGAGAAGCCCUUUCAGUGCGCGCAGUGCAGCAAGAGCUUCAGGUCGUCCAGUGGGCUGCGUCUCCACAGCAGGCAGCACAUGGAGGUGCGACCCAGCUACGAGUGUCCCGAGUGCGGGCGGACGUACGGCCGCAUGACGGAGCUGAAGAUGCACCAGCGUUACCACACGGGAGAUAAACCGUACGCGUGCUCCUGCUGCAACAAGCGCUUCAUUAGCAAGGACAAACUCAACGUACACAUGAGGAUACACACGGGGGAGAGGCCUUACUCCUGCCCUCACUGCGCGCAGACAUUCACACAGACCGGGGACAGAAACAGACACGUCAGUAAAUACCACUAGUCUGAUGUUAUAGUAGCCCAACGGAGACACUUCGGUUGUUACUUAUGAAGGAUCGUGCCAGUGGUUGUGCAUGUUUGUAAGGUCAGGCAUUAACCGUUUAUUCACAAUCAUGUAUGAAACCAGGUUAUUUCAAGCAGCCGUGACGUCCGAAUGAUCGUAAUGGAGGAGGUUAUGUGACCGUUCUUUUAAUGAAAAUAGCACUUUUGACAUAUUCAAGCGAAGUUACGUAAGUAUUUUAAGUUUCAGUUCUUUCACAUGUAUUCACAAAAAAACUGAAGAAGCAGAAUUUCUCAGAUGUUUAAAUGCCUGAUCGCAGCUAAGUGCUUAUGAUGAUUAAAACCAAAACCCGUCUGAAAGCAACUGAGCCAAGCAACGUUUCAGUUUGGCAUCGUUAUUGGACUGUACAUUUUUGUAGCCACUCUGUAAAUUAGUGUUACGUGGAGAUAAUUCUCAGUGUCUGUUUCUCAGCUGAUAAUGUUUAGUUUAUAUUUACUACUGAAACAAAUCACUUAUCCAAACGAAGCAGAAUCAUGGCAUUAAGAGGUGAUCGGAUAUGAACCUUCAAACUCACAGUUUUCUGUUUUGUUUUUUUGUUUGUUUGUUUUCUGAAACAUUUGUACAUGUGUGCAAACACAUGCAAAACCACAACACUAGUGUCAACAAUGUGUUCCAGAGAAGUUGCCACUGUUUGUCUGUUUCAUGCCACUACAUUAUAUAAAGAUACAAACACUCUGCAUGAUUUAGGUUUAGUCCCUGAACCUAUGUCCACUCACAUCCGUGCCUGAAGCAUCCUUUCCAUGAAGACGUCAUGCUAGUGGCCAGUAUGGGAAUCUUUGGCCUUUAAGUCCGUGGGUACAAACUAGAUACAUCCUACAUCCUCUAAACACAAACAAAUUACACUAAAUGAUUCCACGGUGAUUGUUUUUUUUUUUUUGUUUGUUUGUUUUGUUUUGUUUUGUCUUGUAAUAAUAUUAUGUACGUCCUCAUUUCACUUUUUGAUAUCUUUGAUGGUGCUUUUCUGUAAGGAAGCAUUUUGUGUUUUGAGAAGUGCCAAAAAAUAAAGCUGUUAUUCACUUGA